AAUUUAUUUCUAAAUAUUUUAAUAGUAUUUAAAUAUGUUAACUUUUGCUAAGCUCUUAUAGUUAAAUCUAUAUUUAAAAUGAAUAAAAGUUAUUCGUUGAGACGUCUAUGUAACUUGCAUGGGCAUUUAAUUAAGCAACAUCGUGUCAUUCGUUACAAAUCAAAAACUAGCAAUUACAUAAAUUCAUUUGUACUGUAUGAUAAAUUUAUAUGUGAACGACGUUCUCAGUCAAAAUGCAGCGUCUUGGUACAGGUUUCUUCGGAAAAUUCAUGUUCUGAUCUACAUUCAUAUUGCUCCAAAUUUGGUUCAAUCAAAAAUAUUUUUCAUUAUCAACUGGCUGGUUCAAAUCAUUUUGUGCUUACUGAAUUUGAAGACCAAUCGUCAGUAAAUUCAUUGAUGGACCAAAGUACACAUAUUAAAGAUUCAAAUGUUAUUGCUGUUAGAUCACCAUUUCUUUGGUUUCGUUCAAAUGCAAGUCAGAAAAAUUCAAAAUUAUCAACUGUUGAAAAAUUUGAUUUUCCGUUUAAAGCUAAUCAAACAAUGAUUGAACCUAAUAUUAAAGAUAUUGGACUGGAAAAACUAGAUUCAUUGUCUAAUCAGAUGUUAUUAUUAUUGAAAUGUACACAGCUGAAUGAUAUUGGUACAAGAUUGAGGUUUCUAACAGCAAUGCAAAUUGAAAAUGCACUUAAAGGUAUUUUUCCUCUAUCAAAAGUAUUACCUUUUGGUUCAUCAGUAAAUAGUUUUGGUAAGAUUGGUUCAGAUAUUGACUUAGUUUUAAUGGACAGUCAUACCACAGAAAAUGAAACUAGUCGAUUGAUUUUUCAUGGAAAAUGUGUGUCAAAUGGUCGGACCCAAAUACAAAGAAAUAUUGAAAUACUUGGUGACCUUCUACAGUUAUUUUUACCAGGUUGUUCAAGGGUGAAGCGUAUUUCUCAAGCAAGAGUACCGAUUGUCAAGUAUUCACAAGAUUUUGUUGGUGUUGAAUGUGAUCUAGCAGUMUCUAAUGAAACAGCUGUCAAUAUGUCUGAACUUUUGUACAUUUUUGGUAAUUAUGACUACCGGGUCAGGCCUUUAGUCUUUACUAUAAAAAUGUGGGCCAAAGAGAUCAAUUUAACAAAUAAUACACCAGGAAGAUGGAUAACCAAUUUUUCAUUAACACUUUUAGUUUUAUUUUAUUUGCAACAAGAAAAAAUCAUUCCUGAUAUUCAGACACUAGUAAAGCAAGCUAGAAACAAUGAUGUUCGAAUCACUAAUGAAGGUAUCAACUGCACGUUCCUUAGAGAUGUAUCAAAACUUGACAGAGUUGAUAAAAAUAAUAAAACCUUAGACCAACUUUUAUUAGGUUUUUUUGAAUAUUUUGCAUCAUUUGAUUUUAGUACAAAUGCAAUAUCAUUAAAUUUUGGGAAAACAAUCAAUAAGCCCGAAUAUAGUGCCCUAUACAUUGUUAAUCCAUUAGAAGUCCAUUUUAAUGUUAGUAAAAAUAUUAGUUCAGAAGAAGUUGAGAGGUUCAGGAUAGAACUGAGAAAUGCUGCAUGGACCAUAGAUUCUUCUUUAACGAAUACAAACUCAUUCAACUUAUUAGAUCUAUUCAAAGGUUUUGACGUUAGCAAGAAGAGCCAAAUAGUUUUUGAUAUCAAACAUCAAAUAAAAAAUUCAAACAGAUUAGUAACUGUCAAAGAUUUAUUUGAUGAUGAUUCUCAAACCCAAGAAGACAUAAGACUGAAUAAACAGUUAAAACCUAGUGAAAAAGAAUUUUGAUAUUGUACAUAAAAUAAGAAUAUAUAAUAAAUUAUUAUAUGUUUUUUCUUUA